AUAUUCACAGCAGUGUUAAAAGUUCAUCCACUCAUUGCUAACCAGCAGAAUUUGGUAAUCCAUAACAAUCCUGUGAUUUACGCUGACCACGGCUGGGACCAUGACGUCAUGUUGAUGAAGCUUCCAACACCAGUAACAGAUGUCCCACCUGCUCAGCUACCAAAUUGCAACAAUCGUCUUAAAAUAGACGAUACUGUUCAGCUGGCCGGAGAGGGACCAACGAGAACCGGGCCCAAUAAUCGCCGAUUAACCAAUAGUCCUAUGCCACCGCGUCUUCAGUGUGUCGACAUGAAAGUUGUUGCUGUUUCCCAGUUCAGUCAGAAACGUGGGCACAUAUUCAGUACUGCAGCACCGGACAAGGAUACAUGUCGUGGCGACUCUGGUGCAGCAGUGGUGUUCAACGACAUGAUUUACGGUGUGAAGGCUGCAAGUGGAACAGACUUCGCAUUUUGGACGCCAGUUGCAAACAUGGAUGUGUGUGAAUACGUGGAUUGGAUAAAAGAAAGAGCUGGGCUUAAAUAAAACAUAAACUAUCAUGAAAUAAAAUUCUCAUCAAAUUUC